UUUUAUAAAUUGAGUUGCACAAAUAGUCUUUGUUUUCGUUGUGCUCUGCUCACCCUUAUUAUCUAAACAAUCAGUCCGACCCGAAUUUCUUUGAGUCAACCGGGAAACAUUCGUCGGUGCUCAUUAAACUCGAACAAAAAACAAAGAUGCAUUAAGCAAAGGUUGUACUCUCUUCUGCCCGAGUUGCACUUUACAAAACCAAACCCUAAAAUUCACGUUCCGCCGUGGAGUUUAGUCGCUCGACGGCCAACCCUGGCGCUUCCGCCCACACCACAACCGAGAGCCAGCCGCCUCACGCGCCGCCGCCGCCGAUGCGCUUCUCAAUCAACAUAUCGGAGCCGCAGGUAUGGUCUGGUCCUAUUAAAUCCUAGGCUUCAUUAAAGCUCAGCCCUCGUCAUAUUUUAUGCCUUGGCUUGAUGGGCAAGGGCCGGGGUAGCCCAACCGUACAUAUUUUCAUCUCUAUUUUCUUUCAGCAAGUCUUGAUUAGGAUGCUGAUGCUGCUUGUGGAUUGACUACUUGUAAUUGAGUAUUAACUGUUUUGGCAAUAAAGUCGAGAUCAAUUUAUAAGGGUCUCCUCUGCAAUGGGCUCUCCUGUACAUGAAACCGAGGAGGAUAUAGAGGUGAACAUUGAUUCCAUAAGGGACGAUGAUGACUGGGUAGUUAGUGAAAAGAGAAAGCAGAAGUCGAGCAAAUCUAGGAAAUCGGGAAGUGGUGAAGAUGAUGGAUUGGAUGGUAAUGGAAGGAAAAGAAGUAUUCCCGACAGACAUGAAAGCCGUAAGAGAGCGGGUGGGUCAAGCAGAGAUAGUGAUCCGGACGAAUAUGAAACCAGGAAAGAGUCGCGCUCUAAGCAGGUGAAGAAAAAGCAGCCAGAAGAGAACACAUUGGAUGUAUUGAGCACUUGGUAUCAAGAUGGAGAAGUAGAUAAUAAGUAUGAACGUGGGGUCAAACUCGAGAGUAGAGGGUAUAGUCGAGUUGAAGAGAGUGAGAUAAAUAAAUCAUCUUCAAGGCAUUCAGAACGCGUUACAGAUUUGGAAAAUUUGCAAGAAAGAGAUUCAAGAGAGUCUUCGAGAAGGGAUAAUAGCCGAGAGAAGGGAAUUGGGCAUGCUGAACAUGGAAGGAACCAUAGAAGAAGAUGGGACGAGGCCGACAACACAAAUAAAACUGUUGAUUAUGGAGAAAAAAAUGAUGUCAGGAGCGGCAUGUCUCCGGAUGACAAACUCGAUUGUUUAAAUGAAAGAGACAAAACUGAUUCUUUGGGAGCUGAAUUAAAUGAUAUUAAAGGCAGGGGUUUGGAAUCACCGAAUGACAAAGACGAGAGACGAUUUGAUUCCGAGAGGAGUGACAGAGGAAAAUAUGAAGUUGUCGAGGAAGACAAUAUGGGAAUUAUGACACACAAAGACAUCUCAAGCAAAGAGAGGUUUGAGGGGCACAAACAACAAAGAAAUUCCACUAGGGAGACUGUUGACAACUAUGCCAGAUCUUCAAAUGCUGAUGAAGAAGUUAAGACCUGGGCGGGAGGCAAAACUAGGACUGAUGAAGAAAAUUAUACUUCCAGGACCCCUGAGAAGAUCGGGAGACGUCCAAUCGAACCAGAUAAUCUUGACGUAGAUUAUGAAAGAAGCAAUAGCUUUAGGAGGAAGGAAUUGGGAAAAGAUGCCCCAUGGGAUGAUAGAUCCAAAGGAAGAGAUGAUGGUUGGGUUGACAGAAACAGGGACCGGGAGAAUUUUAAUGAUUCACGGAAAAGAAAGCAAGAUAAAGAAACAAGAGAAGGUGAAACAAACUUUGAAAACAUGAGGGAUUGGGAAUUGCCCAGGCGUGGUCGUGACAGGCUUGAUGGUCGUAUUGGUGGUAGAAAAGACGGGAACAGGACCGAAGCCGUGAAAACGUCGUCAAAAUACGGAAUAUCAAGUGAGAAUUAUGACGUUAUUGAAAUUCAAACCAAACCAUUUGAUUAUGCGAGAGAUGAUUCUAGGACCAUUCAGCAAUCCGACACGAAGCAACCUGAUCCUGAGGAUAUCUCUCAUCCGAGGGAGGAUCGAUCACAAAACACCGAAGGAUCAGCACAAAACGGUGAAGAUAGAAAGGAUAGGUUCAUGGAUAGCGACAAUCAGAAUUUAUGGAGAGAUGAUAAUGAUUAUCAUAAUGCAGAAAAAUUGAGAGGCCAGAAAGGAGUCACACCUAGUCGUGGUGGUACAGGUGGACAGAGUUCCAGUGGUGGCUCGCUACCUCCAUUUGGAAACCAGGAGCUUGGCUCCUUCAACAGAAGCUCUUCUCAAGGUGGCAGAGGGAAUAGAAUGGGGAGAGGAGGAAGGGGUAGGCCUUCUGGGAGAGACAGUCAACCAGCUGGUAUCCCGAUGCCUUUGAUUGGUUCGACUUUUGGGCCGCUUGGCUUGCCGCCUCCUGGAUCAUUGCAGUCUUUACCUCCCAACAUGUCCCCUGCUCCAGGUCCAAUUUCACCUGGAGUCUUCAUUCCACCAUUUCAACCUCCCAUUGUAUGGCCAGGAGCCCGAGGUGUUGAGAUGAAUAUGCUUGGUGUUCCUCCCGGGCUGCCACCUGUCCCAUCUGGACCAUUGGGACCACCCAGAUUCUCUCCUAAUGUGGGUAACACGCCAAGUGGUGGUUUGGUUUUCAGUCCAUCGGGGCCUGGAAGGGGAAUGCCUCCUAAUUUGUCUAGUCCAAACUUUAAUACAAUAAUAUCAUCCCCUGUGGUUCGUGGUCAGCCACAAGAGAAAGUUUCUGGAGGAUGGGUUCCUCCUAGAAAUAAUAAUGUUCCCCCUGGGAAAGCCCCGUCUAGAGGAGAGCAGAACGACUAUUCCCAGAACUUUGUAGAUACUGGUAUGCGGCCACAAAAUUUUAUUCGGGAGCUCGAGCUGACUAGUGUUGUAGAGGACUAUCCCAAACUCCGGGAGCUCAUACAGAAAAAAGAUGAGAUUGUUUCAAAAUCUGCUUCUCCUCCUAUGUACUACAAGUGUGAUCUGAGGGAGCAAGCGCUUUCUCCCGAGUUCUUUGGGACAAAGUUUGAUGUCAUUCUUGUUGACCCGCCGUGGGAAGAAUAUGUUCACCGAGCACCAGGUGUCACUGACCAUAUGGAGUACUGGACAUUUGAAGAAAUAAUGAACUUGAAGAUUGAGGCAAUUGCCGACACUCCGUCUUUUAUAUUCCUUUGGGUUGGGGAUGGUGUUGGGCUAGAGCAAGGUCGACAAUGUCUAAAGAAGUGGGGAUUUCGCAGAUGUGAAGAUAUAUGCUGGGUUAAGACCAAUAAAACAAAUGCAACUCCAGGAUUACGUCAUGAUUCACAUACUCUGUUUCAGCGUUCAAAGGAACACUGUCUGAUGGGCAUAAAAGGGACUGUGCGUCGCAGUACAGAUGGUCAUAUAAUCCAUGCGAACAUUGAUACUGAUGUUAUAAUUGCAGAGGAGCCUCCUUAUGGUUCAACUGCAAAGCCUGAGGACAUGUAUCGAAUAGUUGAGCAUUUUGCUCUUGGUCGAAGAAGGCUGGAGCUGUUUGGUGAGGACCAUAAUAUUCGUUCUGGGUGGUUGACCGUCGGUAAAGAAUUGUCCUCAUCAAACUUCAAUUCUGAGACGUAUAUCCGGAAUUUUGCUGACAAGGAUGGUAAGAUUUGGGUCGGGGGUGGGGGCCGAAACCCACCCCCCGAGGCCCCACACCUCGUCCUAACGACCCCCGACAUAGAAUCCUUGCGGCCUAAGUCUCCCAUGAAGAACCAACAACAGCUCCAACAACAGCAACAACAGCAAUCCGUGUCCAUUACCCUCACAAGCGCGAAUUCCGGCGGCAAGAGGCCCGGGAACUCGCCGCAAAACCACGGGCCCGGGCCCAGUUUCUCAGGACCGGAAGCUUCCGGAUCCAGCCUCCAGUCCCCUGCCCCGUGGGGCCCACCGCCCGUGGAGGCAUUUGGGUAUGGUGCUCCGUUUGGUCCCGCGGGCGGAGGGGAGUUUUUGGAUUACGAGGGCCAUAGAGGAAUGAAUAUGUUGUAGCUCGAAGUUUCAAUGUCAAACAUUUUUUUUUUCUUGUACUUU